CCACCAACAAAACCCUUUUGCCCUAAACCAAAAGAAAUUUGCAGUGUCAAAUUUCCAUGGGGGAAAUGAAAUUUCAGAAGAUUUGAGGACUUCCCUCCCAACCCACGCCCCAAAUUUCUACAUUUUCCCGCGGCCUUCAUCUUCUUCGUCUUCCUCUUUUGUUUUUCUUCCCCNAUUCCUAGGGUUUGAUCUGGGCUCGCGCUGCGUCUUCGUCGGCUCGGGAAACUUAUAGUGGGGUUUGAAACGGCUCUUUGCCUAUUUAGUUUCAAUGUCGGGGAUUUGAAUGGUUCAAAUCAUAAUUAGUAAAUUUGAUGGAGUGCAACAAGGAUGAAGCGAUCAAGGCCAAGGAGCUUGCGGAGAGGAAGAUGCAAAAUAAUGAAUUUGAAGGGGCCCAUAAGAUUGCAAUAAAAGCACAACGCCUUUAUCCCGAACUAGAGAACAUAAACCAGGUGCUAGCAGUUUGCAGUGUUCAUUGUUCAGCUAAAACCAAUAUGAUUGGAUUGGACAAGGACUGGUAUGGAAUCCUUCAAGUUGACAGAUUGGCCGAUGAAGUGACCAUUAAGAAACAGUACCGAAAACUUGCACUUGUCCUUCACCCUGACAAAAACAAAUUUCCUGGUGCAGAAGCAGCUUUUAAGCUGAUUGGAGAGGCAAAUCUGGUGCUGUCAGACAAGACAAAAAGAUACGCAUAUGACUCUAAAAGAGUUUCAUUUAGAGGAGGUCCUCCGGCAAAACCACCACCUCAUCAGGUCAACCCAGUUGCAGCAAGGUCAAAUUUUGGUCUAAAUGGUUUCAAUCCUCAGUUUACCACCCAAUCCAAUCUACAAAAGGCAAAAACAACUUCAUCGGCUGUUGAUAAAGCAUUCUGGACAAGCUGCCCUUUCUGUGCCGUGAGGUAUCAGUAUAGGAGAGAGGUAGUGAACCGAGCUGUUCGCUGCCAGAACUGUGCAAAGCCUUUCAUUGCAUAUGAUAUAGGCUCUACUAACAUUUCAUCCGGACUUGGCUCACGCCUGCCUGGUCAGCAACCUCAUCUGCAGAAAGAGGUCACAAAUCAAGCAACUGCCAUACCGACUGUAAAUCCAGCUGGAUUUCCAUAUUUCCAACCAGCAGGGCCGCAGAGAGGUAAUACCUCUCAGGUGUUUGAGGAUUUGAAGAGUAAAGAGAAACAUGGUAAGGGAGUAGGGUCUGGACCUAGCAAGGUGAAUGAAAUGCCACGAGGCUCUAGAGUUAAAAGCAGGAAAAGGAGCAGGAAACAACGCGCAUCUGAAUCAAGUGAGAGUUUCGAUACCACGAGCAGUGGUGAGUCGGAAGAUUUUGAUAUGGAAGAAAAGAGAAGCAAUAUUGCCGGUGGGCAUGGAGUUGCUAUUAACCGUGAAUCUGUGAGGAGAUCUUCUCGCAGAAGGCAUGAUGUCUCAUACUAUGAAAAUGAGGUUGAUGAUUUACAUAUGAACCAAGCAAACAUUGUUCCAGAUGGAAAAUCCCAAGAAAAUUUAACUCCUGAGGGCCCGCCCAAUGGGAAUCCCAAUGCAGAUGAUGAAGCUGGUUCGAUUCCAAAUGGUCCGAAAAAGGUUGAAGUAAUAAUUGAUUCGGAAUCUGGUUCAGAUGUCCAUAUAAUUGAGGAUACAGUUGAUACUUACACUUAUCCCGAUCCAGAAUUUCAUGAUUUUGACAAGGACAGGGAAGAAAGUUGCUUCUCAGCUGACCAACUAUGGGCAUGUUAUGACACUGCAGAUGGAAUGCCUAGAUUUUAUGCGCAUAUCAAGAAGAUAUGUUCUCCUAAAUUUUCAAUACAGUUCAAUUGGCUUGAGAUCCAUCCGGAUGACAAAAUUGAUAAUGAUUGGGUCAUGUCCGAAUUACCUGUUGCAUGUGGCAAGUUCAAGCGUGGGAAAUCUGCCACAGUUCGCUCUGUUGCUUCCUUCUCCCAUCAAGUGCUGUGGGAAAAGGGUAAGAAGGGCGCGUACGUCAUAUACCCAAGAAAAGGGGAGAUUUGGGCUCUUUUUAGACGGUGGGAUAUCAGUUGGAGCUACGAGCCUGAUAAACACAGGCACUUCAAAUAUUCAAUUGUGGAGGUCCUCUCUGAUAAUGUCGAUGAUGCUGGAUUUAAAGUUGGGUACUUGAAUAAGCUGGAUGGAUACGUGUCUCUAUUUCAGGGGCAGGCCGAUUCAUCAUCAUCAUCAUCUUUUGUCAUAACAAAGAAUGAAAUUUACAGGUUCUCCCAUAAAAUCCCGUUUUUUAGGUUGUCUGGAAGUGAGAGAGAAGGUGUGCCUGCUGGUGCUUUUGAACUCGACCCUGCUGGUCUACCUCAAAAUCAGAACGAUAUUUGGUGUCCACUCAAAAGGCGAAAUAGAAAUGGUCAACCAAAUGUCAAGAGCCCCAGCAACAGCAGUAAACCUAGAUGCUCGACCGAUGUGAUUGAUGAUGACAAUGAUGAUGAUGAUGAUGAUGAUGAGAGGCCAAAGGUCCAAAAGUCACCAAGGCCCGUAAAUGUUACCAAGAAAAAAUAAUAAAACACACUCCUCUGAUUAGCACCACUAGAGGAUAAAUGCAGUAGCAGUGCAGAACAAUUCUGACUCAGCAAUGGCGGCGGCAAGAGUUUGGUACUUAACUCAUCAUUAAUCAUGUGAAAUAUGUUUGUUAGUCUGAAGUUUAUGUUAUGCAUUUUUACAUUUGAAGUAAAAAUGUUUCACAGAUUGGAUUCCUAGCUAGCUAGCUAGAUAUAUGUAUUUUGGGCAUGUCUUCUGUUUGUAGGACAUUGCCCUUUUUUUCUUCAGAACUUCAUUUUGACUAUCUUUGUAAUGGUU